GGACACUGCAAGGGACAGGUUUACCCUGCAGAGAAUGGGGGUCACGCACAUACUGAACGCAGCAGAGGGGACGUGGAACAAUGUGGACACUGGACCUGGUUACUACAGAGACAUGGACAUUGUUUAUUACGGUGUGGUCGCAGAAGAUGUCCCUACAUUUAACCUAAGCCAGUAUUUCUUCUCUGCUGCCACAUUCAUUCGGGACACACUGAGCAAACCUGACAAUAAACUGCUGGUGCACUGUGUGAUGGGAAGAAGCAGGUCAGCCACGCUCUUCCUUGCCUACCUAAUGAUCUACGAGAACAUGACGUUGGUGGACGCCAUUGAGCACGUGAAGAAACGCAGACGGAUCAUCCCCAACUGGGGCUUCCUGAAGCAGCUGAGGGAGCUGGAUCAGCAGCUCCUGGUGGAAAAGAAAAGCUCUUCAUCGGAGAGCUGACAGCACUUUGUUGUAAAUCGGACUACUCCGUGUCAAGUCUAACUUCACAUCAUUUAAUGAUUUCUGCUUUGAGAAGUCUUUGGAGAGAAAAACUCAAGAGAUAUGACACAUCCAGUUAAAUCUCAAACCUACAAGUGGAAAUCUAAUCUAAGCAUAAUAAUCUUAUUUAGACUGAGUUUGACUAAAUGAGUUUCCCAGGACCUGAAUAUGGACAUAAAUAUAUUUGAAUAGGUUAACUCCUGAAUCCUUUUAAAGUACUGUAAAAAUUGACUGUGCGUGGUCUGCAAAGCUUGUCUAUUAUCUAUUGUCUUGUUUAUUAUCACCCACUGUGAAAGCAAUAAGUAAUGUUUUUACCCAUGACACAGUAUUAGCAAAAUAUCUCAUGAACCA